AUGCACCCUGUGAACAGUAAGAUUGCUGCCCUGGAGCAACAGCUCAUUAAGGUCCACGUUAAGAAACAGCGCGUUCGCAUAUUGUGUGACCUGGUCGCAAACUACGACAAGAAGUUUUGCGAAACGAAGGAUGUUUUUGACCGACAAACAGCGAUCAACUACGGGUGCGAGGUACUUGCUUCCAUGUCCAAACACGAUUCUCGUCUACCUGAUUUCUUCACGGCUUUGAUUGCGAUGCAGCACGACGUGAUCUUCAGAAGCUCCACCCCACCGGAAAUGAUUUACAUUCCCAGCACCGCAGCACAUGGGGAGAGAAGCUCAAAGUUGCUGAAGAACUCCAUGAUGCUCGUACAGGCACAGGAUCAGCAGAUGUAUCGUCGAAAAGCACGAAAGGCGUUCCUCUCUGCGGCUGAGGUACCAACUCAACCGCCUCUGGAAAGACUCCAAAGUUUUCGAGCUGUCGCAGAGCUAGCCAUGGAGCGGGAAGAAUGGGAUAACUCAUUAUUGUUGGACAGAAAUUCAACCGUGGGGUUGUACUCUAGGAGCAAAAUUUCUAUCAAGCGCGGCAGCGAUAUUCGAUAUGACACCAGGCUCUGA